AUAAAAACUCAUAAUUUACUUUCUCUCGUCUCAGUCUCAACUAUUUGAUUGAAACUGGUAUCAAACUCUUUUUCCUUUCCUUUCCUUGGCUUUAUUCAUUCGUCAUGUCUCUCUCUUUCUUUAACUCCCUGUUUCAUAAACUCACCUCUCGAUGGCCCCUCUUCCUCUACGCUGCCACGUGGACCACCAUCCUGACUGCGGCAGUUGCCGUCUCUUCCUUUUGGCCUGAACUCUGCUUUGUUUGGGCUAUCUCUCCCUCCUCUUCCUUUUCACGUGACUGUGAUACUGACGCUUUCGUUAGGGUUCCGUUAGACCUGCCGGGAGAGUUCCUCUGCCUUCCGGCUCACCUUUUCAAAAGGUCCAAACUUGAUUUGUUUGUUCCUCCCGUUUUCGCGGCCGUUGUGGUGGCCAGCUCCGCGUGGCUUGUGCGAGCCUUAGGAUUGUUUGAGUACCAGGAGUCGUCUUGAUUAAGGUGCGUCCACCGUCUGAUUAUUAUAAAUUUUGUAUACUAUCAAUUAAUCAAACCUCAGCAAUUAGUUAUUAUAAUUCUUUAAACUAUCACAAUGAAUGAAGAAAUUUCCAAAUUUACAUGAACAAUGAUAAAGU